AUGGGGUCUGCGGCAAGCUGGCGGGUGCCAACAAGCGUCCCGCAGGCACCAGACCAUCUUAGUAUCCGAAUCGAAAAGCCUCUCGAUGCUGCUUGGAAACUCCCAGAAAUAAAACUUACACGAUUAGACUCGGAUAAAAGGACGAGACCGGCUGACGAAAGCUCCUCGCAAAGAACGCAGUUUGUAGCUUCCGAUGCAGAUGAUGUUGUGUCAGUCAGUGAUUGGGGUCUUGCCGCAGCGACAAACCACUUCAACUAUUCCCAUUUCCACAACCAGGACUACCCUAAGCUCAUUGAAGAAGUAGGAGGCUGGGAUGAGGUGCAUCAUCAACUAUGGCUUCGCAACCUAGCGGGCAUUCCUUUCAUCAUGUCAAUCCAAUGGAGAAUUGAAGGUAGCCUACAGCGUAAUUGCACAGAUGGGGAGGAAUAUUUGCCAAUUGAUGCCUUCGAGAGUAUAUUUACCCCGGAGUGUAUCUUACUUCUUGUACUUGAAGCAUUUCAUGGUGCUGCCAUAACUCAAGUGAUCGGAAUACUAGAUGAUAUUCUCGGGAAACGAACAGGACCAUCUAGAAGGCGACUUUUUGGGAUUCUAACUUUUAUGAACAGGAGAAAAUACCUUGUCAACUUCACUCGAGCUGGUAUAUACGAUAGCAACCUGCCGUUGAAGCCUUCAACGAAAAGUCAACGAUCUUUUGAAUCUCAAAAGACAAACACAAUCAACACAUCUCUAUUUAAAGGGUGGGCACGGACAGAUGUUGAUCUAUUUUACAUCUACCAGAAGAUGUUCUGCAUACCGUUCUUCGACUUUCAGCACAACAGUCUAUGCUUCUAUGCUUUGGCAGCUGAUAUCAGACUACCCUGGCAAGUGCUUGAAUACAAAUCAACUGGCGGUAGUGGAACCGUUUACAAGCUUCAGAUACACCCUGGUCACCAUAACUUUAAGAGUGAAUCUCAGGACUCGCAUGAAAUGACAUACUUUGCUCUAAAGAAGAUCGAUGGAUUGAUAGGCAAGCCUAUCGUGACGAACUAG